GACAACAAUGUGGAAAUGUUAGCAUCGAGCCCGCCCCCCGGUUAGCUUCCUCUAGCUAGCACAGAGAGGUCGUCUGUCGCCACGGUCACGUGAUCACUAAAGUUCAAAGCCAAAGAAAUCCAGUCUCCGAGGAAAGAGAAGUUGACUAGUCAGCACAUUCUGUGGAUGAGCUGCACCAGGUUUCCUUAAAGAUCAAGGAGAACUAGUAACAUGUCCGGGGGAAACAAAGCCAUCGAGUUGCAGCUUCAGAUGCGACAGAACGCGGAGGAGCUGCACAGCUUCAUGAAGGAGCUGGAGGGCUGGGAGUCUGACAUGAAGACGAAGGACGAGGAGCUGAGGACAACGGGACAACAGGAGACCGAGAAGAAACUCCCACCUGUGCGCAACAAAAAAUACCAAACGAAGAUGAGGGAGAAGAGGAAGAAGAAGAUGGAGCAUGCUAGGAGUGGUGACGAUAAAGCAGAGGAGCACCAACACUCGUCAAGGAUAAAAGCACAUGAUUACCGAUCGUGGGACAAGUUUGACGUGGACAAAGCUCUGGCCGAGAUGGAUAAAGAAGAAAGUCCAGUAGAGUCAAACGAGUCUGACUCAGAGGAAGCUGCAGUCGAUCGAGAGAAAGCUCUGUCAGAGAAGGAAAAGGGUAAUAUGUUGUUCAAGGAAGGGAAGUAUGACGAUGCCAUUGAGUGUUACACCAGAGGGAUGAGUGCGGAUCCUUACAACCCUGUGCUGCCCACCAACAGAGCCACCUCCUUCUUCAGACUCCAAAAGUACUCUGUGGCGGAGUCCGACUGCAACUUAGCGAUCGCUCUGGACAGCAAUUACUUUAAAGCUUAUGCGCAAAGAGGAGCGGCACAGUUUGCGCUGAAGAAAUAUAAAUCUGCUUUAGAAGAUUAUGAGAUGGUUUUGAAGCUUGACCCAGGGAACACGGAAGCACAGAACGAAGUGAAGAAAAUCACUGAGGCCCUUGGGAAGGAGGCCCCGACUUUCCAAAGUGAAGCCACGCAGCCACAGGAAGCUUCCACAGUCGACUCUGAGCAGCAGAGACUGAUGGAGGAACAGCAGAAGAGGCAGGAGGCCGUUUUACAAAAAGACAGAGGGAAUGCUUAUUUCAAAGAGGGGAAGUAUGAAGCAGCCAUCGAGUGCUACAGCCGAGGUAUGGAGGCAGACAGCAUGAACGUCCUUCUUCCUGCCAACAGAGCCAUGGCCUUCCUGAAGCUUGAGAGGUAUAAGGAGGCAGAGGAAGACUGCACUAAAGCCAUUUAUCUGGACAGUACUUACUCCAAGGCUUUUGCCCGUCGAGCAACAGCCAGAGUGGCUUUAAGGAAAUUAGAGGAGGCCAAACAAGACUUCCAGGUGGUGUUGAAGCUGGAGCCAGGGAACAAACAGGCCUUGAAUGAACUCCAGAAACUCAAGAUUGACGUUGGUGCCAGCGGACGUCUUCAAACAGACGACAGCUCACAGAGGAGAACAGUUCAGCCGAUUGAUAAACUGAUUCAUCUGCGCUCAACCAAACCUAUGAGGAGAGUGGAAAUCACGGAAGUCAGUGGGGAAGCUACGUUGCCUGAGGAGGAGUCAAGUGGGUCCAAGACCUUCAUCCAGGAAGUGUUGAGGGAGCGUGAGGAUGACUCCUCUCCACUGUCCACAUCACCCAGUGCCAAAAUUAUCAAAAUCGAGGAGACGGCAGACGCACCCUCGCCCGUAUCAGAAAAGGUCCCUCCCAGCAGACAGUCUGAACCAGUGCAGGAUGAAAUCACUCACCCGCCUGAAACGUCAACCAUCACUCCCUCAUUAGUUAUAGACCUGCCCCCUCCACCCACCAGCAGCUUCCAGCUGGAGGCCGACAUCCGCAAGAUCGGACAGCAUCCAGAAGUGAUUUACAGAUAUCUGAGGCAAAUCAAGGCUGAAUCGUACAUUAAGAUCUUCCAAAGCUCCCUUGAACCUGACAUCCUCAGUCAGAUACUGACAACGCUGCACGAGUUCUACAUAAAGAAUGACACGCCUGCUGUCAUACUGGAGGUCCUCAGCAGUCUAGCGAGUGUGCGGCGCUUCGACAUGACUGUAAUGUUCAUGUCGUCUCCAGAGAAGAAAGUGCUGAAAGACCUGUUCGACUUCCUUCACCGAGCCGAGCUGGACGAAUCAGCCAUUACACUCUUACAGAAGAAGUACGGUGUGUGAGGCUCCACGUUUCAGUGAAGACACUUAAGCAUCCAACAGAAAAUGAACACCUGGUAUUUCCAAUAAAAUAAAACAUGUACCAAUAAA